GAGAAAACCCUAAGAAAAACCCUGCCAGAUAAUUUUCAGUUUCUCGACGAACUUAACAACUGUUUCUCUGUGAUCGGAAAACAUGGUAGCUGGUCUAAGAGAGUUCGCACUUAGAACCGGUGAUGGCUCCGGAAAGCCUGUACUUGACGAAUCUAACGGCGAAGAACUUAUGCACGUUCAGCCUUCCGUCGCCGUCGCUCUUGGAAACCGUCCCGUUGAGUCUCCCGGCACUCUCUACAUCACUUCCAGGAAGUUGAUUUGGCUGAGCGAUGUAGACAUGGCUAAAGGUUAUGCUGUUGAUUUCUUAUCGAUAUCGCUUCACGCUGUUUCUAGAGAUCCUGAGGCUUACUCAUCUCCUUGUAUGUAUACUCAGAUUGAAGUUGAAGAAGAUGAAGAUGAUGACUCUGAUACAGAAGUCACUGAAGUUUUGGACUUGUCAAAGAUCAGAGAGAUGAGGCUUGUUCCUUCUGACUCUACCCAGUUGGAGACGCUGUUUGAUGUAUUCUGCGAGUGUGCCGAGCUGAAUCCUGAACCUGUUGAAGAAGAAGAGGAAGAAAGCGGACAUAAUUGGGUGUUCAGUGCUGAUCAGAUGGAUGUUCGUGGAGGAGCAGAUGAAGAUGCAGAAUGGCAAAUAUCUCAGAGUCCAACAAAUGUAAUUGGUCAUUCCAAUGGAGAUGAAGGUCUUGCUCAGCCUAUGCUUGAGCUCCAAAUCAAUGAUCAGAGGUUUGAGGAUGCUGAAGAGAUGUCUCAUGACAGUGAGAGCAAGGAUCACUAGACUGUUCACAUAUGUAUUCGGAAACAUAAUUGUGUCUUAUUUUAAUGAUGACAGAGUUGUAUUAUGUUAACGAUAAAUUUAUCAUGUUUUUUAAUGGGUCUUCUGUAAUUAUAAAAUUGUCUAGUAAACA